CAAGUUUUCCAAACCACGAAGAGACAAAAAAAAACAGCUGCUGCUUUGUAUCGUAUACCAACUUUGAACUCGAACCAUGACUGSAGCAACAUUGGACACGUCGAUGACGCGCCUUGAGGGCAUCCAAGAGAAGAAACAUCUCUACAACAAGACCAAAAUUGCUGAAGCGGAGGCGUUGGCUGCUGAGGCCCUUCGCAUGGCGAAUGAAGCAAAGCUUGCAGCUGCCCGAUUGGCUGAGGUGAAGAAGACCCUCGCCAUGUUCUCCAACAAACUUGAAUCGGCAGAGCUAUCUGUGAAGAAGGACACGCCCGAGRAGACUAUCCCCGCCGUUGUAAAGGAAGCUUCCGAAGGGACCGAGAAGGACAAAGUUUCAGAGCCUGCCAAGGAAGAAAUAACUGCUGAAGAUCCCGUCGUGGACAAAGACACGAUCGAAGUAUCUGUUUCCGUCGAAGAACCUGUCAAGGAAGAAGCUGUCGUUGAAACUCCUGCUGAGGGUCCCAUUGAUGCUCCCGUCGAGACUCCCGUUAAGACUCCAGUGGUURAAGAGCCUGCCGCAGAACCAACCAAAGAACAGAAGUCGGAUCCAUCUGGUACCAUCUCCGUUGCAAGCAGGAAGCGUGAGGAGAUGAAGAAUCGUCGUGUUGUGUUCAAUGCUCCCCAAGUUUUCGCGGAUGUCCCAGAAGACAGAACUCCCRAAGCGCCGCUACCACUUACACAGGAUCGCAACAUCGUCGAAGACUUCUUGGAUWCGUUGGGUGUUGAUAAGGCGUGUGGACUUGACGACGAAACUCUUGGUUUCACAGAUAGACCCAAAGUCGCUCCAGCUCCUGCUCCUAAAUUUGAAAAUCCAACUCGUGACAACUACGAAAUUAGCAACGACGACGUUUUCUUGAAUUCACCUUCGUUUAAAGAACAGGUCGUUGCCCGUCAGCUCCAAUUGAAGCGGUCUGCAUCGAAAAACAGCAGACCUUCACCUGUGAAAGAUUUCCCAGACGAUUUAUUCGGCSCCGAUCACGACGACCUUGUAAUGUGCGGAAAGCUUGCGGAUAUUUGUGACCCACCUCAAUUUGACGGUGAAAUUGUUGUACCAGCACGAUUACAAUGAGAUGGAAACAAAACUUCCACAGAAAUAUAUCACCUACAUGUUGUAAAAAGUCUUUUUUGAAAUUUUUUUAAACACAUCUAAAUUCUAGCCAUUGUAGAUGAAAUCAAAUAAUUUCGAAAGCAAAGA